CAUCAAUAUUCUCUUCUCCUAGGCUUUUGGAAAAAAAAAAAAAAAAAAAGAAAGAAAAGAAAGAACCCUAAGAUGUGGAGCAAAAUAUUGAAAUUCUUUGGGAAAUCAGAAUGUUCCAACUGUCUUGCCCACCAAAACCAAGUCGCAAGCGAGUCAGUGCAUGGCGCGGAAUUGGAUGCAAAGCAAAUGUUAUGGGCAAGGUGCGACGUUUGUGUAGAGCAAAAUCAGGUGUGCAAGUGCGACCAAAGUGCUGAUGAUCAGCACUUGAAAAGUGUCACAGAUGUUGGUCACAACCACGAUGGAGAUCAUCAGGCUAACAGCUCUUUUGCUCAUGCCGUCAUCAACAUGAUCGGGAUGCUUAUCGGACUAGGGCAGUUAUCAACACCAUAUGCCCUAGAAAAUGGAGGAUGGUCUUCUGUGUUCCUGCUCAUAGGACUUGGCCUAAUUUGUACAUAUUCAACCCUUCUACUAGGAAAAUGUCUUGACAAAAAUGCCAACUCCAAAAGCUACACAGACAUUGGACAUCAAGCAUUUGGAAACAAAGGAAAAAUCAUAUUGGCAACAUUUAUUUACUUGGAGAUUUUCAUGACUCUUGUUUCCUACACAAUCUCAUUGCAUGACAACAUAAUCGUUGCCUUCUCUGGGGUUAAGCUUAACCUUCCAUGGGCAAAGUUAUCAACAUCUCAGCUUCUAACUAUUUUGGCUGUCUUGGUAGCUGUGCCAAGCCUUUGGCUGAGAAAUCUCUCUUCCAUAUCUUUCCUUUCUUUUGGUGGCAUUCUCAUGUCAGCAGUUAUUUUUUCAUCUGUGGCAUGCACAGCCAUAUUUGGAGGUGUGAAAGCUGACCACAAGAUCCCAGCUCUCCAGCUUCAUAAGAUUCCUGCAAUUUCUGGGCUUUAUAUCUUUAGCUAUGCAGGGCAUAUUGUUUUCCCCAAUCUAUAUGUUACCAUGAAAGAUCCAUCCAAGUUCAAAAAGGGGACCAUAGUGAGCUUCACUCUAGUGACCACACUCUACACAAUCCUAGCAUUCAUGGGAGCCAAACUCUUCGGCCCCCAAGUGAACCCCCAAAUCACCCUUAGCAUGCCCCCACACUUCAUCGCCACGAAAAUUGCCUUGUGGGCCACAGUCCUCACACCGAUGACCAAAUACGCCUUGGAGUUUUCGCCCUUGGCCCUUCAACUUGAACACAACUACUUUCCCUCCAAAAUAAGUCCCAAAACAAAGACCAUCUUGAGGGGUCUUGUGGGGUCUUUUCUCCUUUUGCUCAUUCUCGCUCUUGCCCUCUCAGUUCCAUACUUCGAACACGUUUUGGGCCUCACUGGGUCUCUCUUGAGCGCGGGGGUAUGCAUAAUUUUCCCUUGUGCUCUUUACACAAAGAUUUGUUGGGCGGAGAUUUCGAGGCCUGUUUUGGCUAUGAACCUGGUUUUGAUUGGAUUUGGGGCUCUUCUUGGGGUGCUUGGGACGGUCUCUUCUUCAAAGAUGCUAAUUGAAAGCCUCAAGGGCACUUGAGAAGAAAAUGUGAUUCAUUGAUUAGGGGGAAUUAUCAAGUUGGUUUUAUGGGUGUGUCCAGCUUAUGUG